CUCAUCACCACCCGCUAGCGACAUUGUCGCGACGUCUCCCCAGACUGAUGCGCCUUCAUUCUUCGCCUUCCUCUUCCCUGUAGUCUGGUCUUCCAAGCACAUAACCGCGGCCUUCGCCGCUCUAUACAAUUCAACAUGGCUUCCACUGCACCCUUUGCGGUUCACAAUUUCGUCGCCGCUGCCACAGGACUGCGUCCCACCAUAUCUAUUACUCUGAGACCCUCAUGGCAGGCAUUUGGCCGCAAGCCCACUGUCGACAGUGCCAAACAGAUGCACACCGCCCUACCUCGGGUCUAUAGUCCCCCCGCCCGCGCCUCGUUCAUCAAGUCGCAUAUGGCAAGACAGUAUUCGUCUCUGUCGCACAACGGUCCUCUCUCACAGCUUCGCCAGCAACCCAGGUUUGGCAUGGUCGGUCUCGGUCUGGCGCAGCAGCGCUCGCUCUUCGGUGGUCCUUCGCGGGACCAGCUUGCUCGUUUGGAGGAAGCUGCCAACAACAACCCCAACAGUGCAACUUCUCAGGCUUCUUUCUACUCGGCUGUCAUGCGCGCCAACAUGCCGCAGAUCGUCAUCGAUCGCUACAACACCGGACAAUUCGCCACGAACGCCGUCUCAGACCGCCUCUACCGCCAGGCGCUUGAGAAGACUGGUCAGUCUGCUGCUAUUGGAAACACACAAGGGGGCAACAAUGGCCUGACACCACAACAAAUCCAGGCUGUCAGCCAGGCUGUAGGCGCUAACAUGGGCGCAGGUCAGAUUGGCAAGGCACGCGGCGGUGUCGGUGUCAAGAGUGACCCAGUCUACGUUGUCGUCGAGGAGUCUAUGUGGAACGUCAUCUUCAAGUGGGUCAGAUGGCUUGCUGGUUUCGCGCUGGCUGCCUACGUCUCCUUGAUCUUGAUUACCCUCUUUGUUGAGACUAGCGGUGUCCUCAAGAAGGUUGGCGGUGGUACCAGCGCUGAGGUUCGUCCGGAGCACCAGAACACUCGUUUCAGCGACGUGCACGGCUGCGACGAGGCCAAAGAGGAGCUUCUCGAUGUUGUCGACUUCCUGAAACACCCUGAGCGCUACAACAAGCUUGGUGGCAGGCUGCCUAAGGGUGUCCUGCUCAUCGGUCCCCCUGGUACUGGUAAGACGCUGCUUGCUCGUGCUGUUGCCGGAGAGGCUGGUGUCCCGUUCUUCUACAUGUCUGGAUCUGAGUUUGACGAGGUCUAUGUCGGUGUCGGUGCUAAGCGCGUUCGCGAGCUCUUCACCACUGCCCGAGCUAAGGCCCCUGCCAUUGUCUUCAUCGACGAACUUGACGCUAUCGGCGGCAAGCGUAAGUCGCGUGAUGCCAACUACCAUCGUCAAACCCUCAACCAGCUCCUGAACGAUCUCGAUGGAUUCGACCAGAGCACUGGUGUCAUCUUCAUUGCUGCUACUAACCACCCGGAACUCCUCGACUCGGCUCUGCUUCGCCCUGGACGUUUCGAUCGUCACGUACAGGUCGAGCUCCCAGACGUCAGUGGCCGUCUUGCUAUCUUGAAGUAUCACACCAAGAAGAUUCGCCUUUCGCCAGAGAUCGAUCUAUCCACCAUUGCCCGCGGUACACCUGGUUUCUCUGGUGCCGAGCUUGAGAACCUUGCCAACUCGGCAGCUAUCCGUGCUUCCAAGCUCCAGUCUAAGUUCGUUUCGCUGAACGAUCUCGAAUGGGCCAAGGACAAGAUUACCAUGGGCUCGGAGAAGAAGACGCGCGCAGUACCCCUUCAAGAUAAGAUUCACACUGCUUACCAUGAGGGUGGCCACGCGCUUGUCGGUAUCUUCACCAAGGGUUACAGCGACGUCCACAAGGCCACUAUCCUGCCCAGAGGCCACGCCGCCGGUAUCACAUUCUUCCUUCCUCAGGAGGAGCACCACCACACUCGAUCGCAAUACAUCCGCCAGCUGCAAGUCUGCAUGGGAGGCAAGAUGGCUGAGGAGAUCAUCUUCGGUGCUGACAAUGUAGCUGACGGUGCUUCCGGUGAUAUCCAGCAAGCAACACAGCUGGCCUACAGCAUGGUCACAGCCUGCGGCUUCUCGGACAUGCUCGGCAACGUUGACUUCAAGUCAAAUUAUGAGAUGGUCUCGCCGGAGACAAAGCGCCUCAUCGAUAACGAGGUUCGACGACUGAUCGACGAAGCCAGGACGAGCGCAAGGGAGUUAUUAGUAUCGAAGCGCCCUGAGCUCGACCGUCUAGCAGAAGCUCUUGUCCAGUACGAGACUUUGGAUAAGGAGGAGAUUCUGAAGGUCAUCAAGGGCGAGUCGCUACCCAACCGCAUCAAGUCGUCACCAGACACACCUAUUAAGAUGCCCACAAGAGCGCUCCCAUCGCCCGUAGCGCCGCCGGUGCCCGGUACAGGCAGUGAAGGUGGACCGCCCGGCCCUAGUGUGGUUGCGUGAGGGAGGUGAUUGAAAUUGAUUCAGAGGAUAGAAUCAUCGCAUCUUGCAUGCAGAGGCGAACGGCGUUAUUGCAGCCCUCUUCCCUCUCGCUUCGAGCGUCUGUUCAGGUUUUCAACUUUCAUUUUGUACAUUAUGGGUAUAACUAGCGCUAGCGAAAAGCAUAGCAUGAGAUGAGUAGCUUUUGCGUUGCGCAAAGCAGAUUGAAAGGUGGUGCGGAGAAGAAGUGUAACUAGACUGAGGUCGGUUGAAUGAAAUGAAAAGAUG